CAGGACCCUGCAUUCACUAUAUCUGGUCUCCCCGGACCCUGCAUUCACUAUAUCUGGUCUCCCACAGACCCGGCAUUCACUCUCUCUGGUCUCCCACAGUGCACAGAACAUAGAAAUGCUAUUAUUUUAGUAAACAUAGUCUGCUAAAUACCUUUCCCAUCAGCAGUUAGAGCAGUCUUGUGACUUCUAUCAGUGCUCAGCAGAGCACUGGUUAAAGCUUGUAGGUGUUUUAUUUCUGCUCUAG